AUGGCAAGGGCUGUCUUGUUCGACCCAAAGAAGGCUCCUGCACCUACUGAGAAAAUCCCCCGUUGGUUUCAGGAAGUCCGUCACUACCAGAUUCAGCCAGGUUUGCUCCUGCCCCGUAUCGUCUUCAUGAGACUCGUCCGCGAGAUCGCCAUGGACAUCAGCAGCGACGUUACUCGAUGGCAAAUCUCCGCCCUCCAGGCUGUCCAGGACGUCGCCGAAGACUACUUAGUCUGCGUAUUGGAAGCUGCCACCCUCUGCACGGUGAAUGCGAAGAGAGACACGCUAUUGCCAUCUGACAUCGAAACAGCGAUGGGAUGUGGAAAAAAGCUGGGUCGAUGGCAGCAAGCUGUUGAGGCGCAUGACUUCAAGGCGAGCCGUGCACAUAUGCUCGAAAGGCAUAAGAAGCGCGCCGCUGACCUCCCAACAACUGAACCUGAGUCGAAGCAGAAGAAGGUGACUCCCGACCCUCAAUAUCACCCUCACACUAUCCUGGAGCACGUUAUUCGCGAGAUCAUCCCGACGAGGUGGAUGGACAGCAGCAGCAAGCGUGGGCUGUACCAGACGGUUACUACUGAUCCUCAGGACGCCAUCACGAAAUGCAAAGAUAUGAUCGCGCCGUGGGUUGUCCAGUACUACGAGGACGGAUUGUUGUACGACCAUGAGCAUCUGCGAGAGAAAGCCGUCUCGCAUCUGCAGUUCGGCCCAGGUCUGUACAUCGGAAUAAUGCGGAUUCCUUCUUCUUCGUGGCGUCGUUAUGUUGGUCAAUCGAUAAAUUGCAACCAUCGCGUACACCACAACCACGAAUCUGCGACAUACCGAAAAUCCCAUCCCUCGCUUCACUACGAGUACCACGAGAUAGCAGAGGAGAUCUUCUGGCUGGACCCUGCUUUCGUGCCUCAUUUCCUCCCAGCAGGACUUUUGAACAUCAUGGAGCUUUGGCAAGCACUAGUCUUCCGGUCACUCCAGGAAUCAGACCUGAAGGACAUGCUUCCUGAAGGAGGUAGGGGCAUAGCAGACUCCGAAUUGGGGCUUGGAGCCAAUGUUCGAAACCCUCUGGCACAAGGUCUUACAUUCCGAGAAUCUCCCGACAUGGGGUACUACCGCUUCAAGAAUUCCCCCGAUCCCAUCAAGCAAGCAUACUUUGAAAAGAUGAGGAACCGUAGCACAGACAUCCGCUGGUGGUCCGACAGAGAUGCUAAACGCCAAAGCUUGCUCCGUGGGGACAUCUACCGAGGAACGUUUGGUCCCAGCUUUGGCACUCUGAAGGGAGCAGGAGAAGAUCGCAUGUUCACUAUUCACUAUGCAUACAUUCUCUUUGGAACAACUUUCUGGCGACGAUGGGACGAGUCGACCAUUCGUGUGAAGUGUGAACUCGCACCAGAAGGAGAGAUGCAUUCCCAUUGUGUCGUUCGGGGCUGCUAUUUCCUCGUCAACGACCCUGCGCGGCGACUGGGAAUUCGGAUAUCGGGCAUCAUGAAGUGCAAUGGUGAGGAAUCCUUCUGCUGGGUCAACAUGUGGGGCGAUCAAACGACUAUGCGUAUUAACAGUCUGGUCGAUUUCCUUCUCGAUCGGCCAACCGAUAUUGGUGAGCCCCGCCGUUUUCUACCUCGCAACAUCUGGGUUGGUCGUCCUAAGGGAAUCUACACCAGCAAGGACUUGCGCGAUGGCUACGACUACGUUAGUGUGCUGAGAAAGUAUGACGAAUCAUUCGAGGAGUGA